AUGGCCUUGGCACUUGGGACCAGGGCCAGUCCAGGUGUGCCUUCUCAUUUGAUUCAUGGUCGCCACAACUCUUCGGCACCUCGUGUGGGGCAAAACGCUUUGCCACGUCGUGUUUUUGCAGCUGCGACGGCUGCCAUGGUGCUAGGAACUGCACGGCGUUUGCAGCGACCGCGUGCCAGGCCAAUGCUGCGAGCCGAUCCCAGCACCUCCUCGCUCUGCCAGGUGGCCAGGGGAUUGGAGCCAGUCCGAGAGCCUCAGGUGCCUGUGUGGCUGUUCCGCCAAGCAGGGCGACACCUCCCUGAGUACAAUGAGUACAAAGCAAAGCGUGGGAAAAACUUUUUACAGCUCCUGCAGGAUCCAAAGGAUGUUGCAGAAGUUACCAUGCAGCCCCUGCGGAGGUAUGGUGUUGACGCAGCCAUUUUGUUUUCAGAUAUUCUCGUGGUCGCUGAAGCCUUGGGGAUCGAUGUGGAGAUGCCUGGAGGAAAAGGCAUUCUGGUACCACGGCCUUUGGAGUCCCCUCGGGACUUGGCGCGCCUGGAAGCCUCCACUGCCAGUGCUGACUUUGUCGAGCAACGGCUGGCGCAUGUGCUUGAAGCGGUUCGGCUGAUUCUGCAGACCAUGUCUCAGGAAGGGAUGGGCGACAUCCCUUUGAUUGGCUUCAGUGCAGCCCCGUGGACCCUUUUCUUCUACAUGGUGGGCGGCUCAUCGAAGAAAAGGACUGAUGCAGGCGAGCUUUGGUUGAAAGAGCACCCAGAAGCAUCGCAAGAACUCAUGUCUCUCCUCAGCGAGGUCAUCAUCGAGUAUCUCUCAGCACAGGUGCGAAACGGCUGCCACGUGCUGCAGGUCUUUGAGGCAAUGGGAGAGCACAUCAGUCCAGCAAAUUUGGAGGACUUUGCUGUGCCGGCCAUGGCUCGCAUUGCAACAGCUUUGAAGGAACGACAUCCGGAGGUGCCACUUAUGGUGUUUCCACGAGGAGCCUGCUAUGCCCUGCCAACCCUCCAGAACGCAGGUUUCGACGUGGUCACCGCAGAUUGUGCCACAGACCUUGCGGAUGCUGCGCUGUCCUUGCAGGCAGAGGCACGAGGUCGAGUCGCAAACUUGCAGGGGAACUUUGACCCCAAGUGGCUCCGACCUGGGAGCAGCGUGGAGGAUGUUGAGCGAGAGGUCGAGGUGAUGCUUUCCAAAGUGCCGACUGGGCGACUGAUUGCCAACCUCGGGGAAGGCCUCAAUGGCCAGGAGAGUCCAGAACUUGUCCAAGCCUUUGUCGAUGCUGUUCAUGCUUGGAAGAGGUGA